AUGGGGGUCCUCCUCCUCCGCUGGCCCCCCCUGAUCCUGGGGGCGACUGCCCACCUGCUGCUGCUGCUCCUGGACUGCGCAGGCUCCACUUCUCACUCCCUGCGCUACUUCUACACAGCCGUGUCUGAGCCUGGCCAGGGCCUGCCCCAGUUCAUCGCUGUGGGGUACGUGGAUGACCAGCAAUAUGUUCAGUACGACAGUGACACUAAGGAGUAUCUGCCUCGCGUCCCCUGGAUAAGGAAGGUGGAAAAGGAGGAUCCUCAGUACUGGCACAGGGAGACUCAGACACUUCAGGGCUCUGAGCUGGUGUUCAGGGUGGAUCUGCAGACUCUGCAGAAUCGCUACAACCAGAGCGGAGGGAUCCACACCCUUCAGCAGAUGUAUGGCUGUGAGCUGAGGCUUGAGGGAGCUGAUGUUGUCCAGCGGGAACAAGGGCUUGAUGUCACCCCAAGUGACUGA